CUUGUAUUUUUUGGAAUGAUGGGGAUCUUUGGGGCGUAUGUCGGACUCGUCUUCUCGCUGGUCUACGUGCAGCAAGGGCUUGCUUCCCAAGCAAAAUUUACUGAGUUUCCGCGCAACGUGACCGCGACCGAGGGGCAGAAUGUGGAGAUGUCGUGCGCCUUCCAGAGCGGCUCGGCCUCCGUGUACCUGGAGAUCCAGUGGUGGUUCCUGCGGGGCCCCGAGGACCCGGAGCCCGCGGCCGAGGUGGCCGGCGCGCAGGUGGAGCUCCUGCCCGACCGCGACCCGGACAACGACGGGACCAAGAUCAGUACAGUGAAAGUCCAAGGCAACGACAUCUCCCACAAGCUGCAGAUUUCCAAAGUGCGGAAAAAGGACCAGGGCCUCUACGAGUGCAGGGUGACCGACGCCAGCUACGGAGAGCUUCGGGAGCACAAGGCCCAGGCCUUCCUGAACGUCACCGCCAGCGGCCACGCUCGGAGGGUGCAGGCCUUCGAAGCCUCGCCCAUGUGGCUGCAGGACGCCAAGCCGCGGAAGAAUGGCUCGGCCGCCGCGCCCAGCAGCACCCACGGCUCUGCCAGCCAGCGCGCGCCCUCCACCUCCAGCCCUCAAGCGGUAGCCAAAAUCCCCAAGCAAAGUCCACAAUCAGGUGCCAGGAUAGCUACAAGCCAUGGACUUUCUGUCCUGCUUCUUGUUUGUGGCUUUGUGAAGGGUGCUUUGCUUUAGUCUAAAGUGCUGACUUUUUUCCAAUAUCACUUUCUCUUCUUAAAGCAAAGAGCAAAUCGCCUGUAAACUCUACGGAGCGGACAGCAAAGUUGACCCUAAACUCCAAGCACCACUCCGCACCCACAAUAGGCUAAUUUCCUAGACCAGGAGCACCUGCUUCCGGAGCGUACACGAAGAGGCUCUCACACGCUUUGUUCAUACUGUUUUCUUGGGCAAAUCACUGGUCUUUCAUUUCAAGAGAAUUAGUGAGAAGUGAUAGGACAUCUUCUAAUAGCAGGAUCUAUUUUUCCCCCCUUUCCUUCCGGCGACUUAAAGCAUCAUCUCACUGCCCGACCGCUCAGGGGUUGGCCUGAAUGUCACCGGGAUAGUAAAUAUUUACUACAGAAACCACCAUUUCCUACUAAAAGACCCGUUAUCUGCAGGAAGCAAACAGAUCAAAAGACUACAGAGCAUAAACUGUCAUCAAGCGGCACCCCCGUGGUGGGGGGGCAGGAGCAAAGUCAUCGACGCUGCGAGGCAAGGAGAACCUUAUUUUCGAUAAGAAAUAAUACAAGAAAGAAUUCUUCUUAAUUUUCCCUUUUUUCUUGGAUUUUUCCCCCUUUUUCUUCAUUACAGUUCUUGUUCGAUGAUGGUGGCAAGUUACUGAUUGCGGCCAAUCCCUGUCCAUCCUGGGAGGUUUAUAUAAAUACAUUUUGAGUGUUCUCUAUUUCAAUGUAUUUUAAUUCAUUUUGCAACUGCUGUAUAUGCAAACCUGACCGAUUCUGUACAUUGCUUCUAGUAUGUGUGCUAUAACUUCAAAAUAGAUAGACUAUGACCUUCAUGCAAGCUGGUUUUUAUCAUUAUAUAUAUAAAUAUAUGCAUAGAAAUAUCUAUAUGUUGGGUCAUCGACCAACUCUUUUUGAUAAAGCGUUUGUUUCUCACAUGAUCCUUAGAUUGUGUGGACCCUGUAAUGCCUUGUUUCACUUCCACAGGUUUGACACCUGCAGGCGGCCUCAGUUGGCCUCUGCUUCCUUCUGGAAAAUGCAUAUUCAGAAUUGUAUCAGUCUCUGAUAAAUGAAUUGAUUUUGUUGUGUGUAUGCUUGUUGGAACUUGCUAUGUUUCUUUAAUAUAUGGUGUUUAUUGAGGUCCAAGGGUCUCUUGACUCAAGAAUGUACACUCUGGUUUUGACAGCUGUCCGCUAUUAUAAUCACCAUUGUUACUGUCGAAAAGCAAUGUUGCUCCUGGAAAGUUUGCCUUGGAGGUGAAUGGAGAAAAUAGAGGGGUCACCGGGAUUCCCUGACUUCACGGAAGAGCACUUCUUGCUGAGGCUAAAAGUGUGCUUCCUUCGAGCUUUGUGAAUUUCUGUAGCUUUGUCAUUCUGUUCUUUGCUCCUGAUGACAUCUUAAUGUCUCCUCAUUAAAAGUUAAAAUGUGGUCGUUGGCUCAAUAGAUAUGCAAAGGACGACAAAUUUCUGAUUGAAGAUCUUGUGUUCGGUGUUUGCUUGUUAAGUGGAUUAUAAUUUUUAAUGCUCCGGGCUUAUUUUUGGUUUUAUGGUCAUUUAGACUGUUUUGUUGAGAACCUGUUUUCUACCCUAGUGGGCAGAACUGUUUGCACGGUCCACAUCCGCUGUGGAAUGGAUGCGGGUUGAGACAGGAAUGACCUAAGUUUCCCUUCCAGAGAGAUGCUCCAUUUUCCUUUCCUAACAAAACCAGAAGACCCUCAGCUCCCAGCCUAAGGUCUUAAGCGGAAGCUUGAAGGCAAUGAAUACCUCUGCUUUUCGAAGGUAAAUGCAUUUGAUUUUCUGCAAUUCAAUUACAGGCAAUGUGCAUAUUUUCAUAAUAUUCUUGACAUUAUCUUCUGAGAAUUAAUGUUUCAUGCUAAACCUUUGAUUGACAUUUUUCUUGGUCAUUUGGUUUAUUAUUUCAGUCUAAUGAGAAAAAUAAAUAAAGGAUUUGAUUGCA